AAGUAUGACUUGCGUUCCAGCCCUCUUUUUUUCCUUCUUUUUCUUCCAGAAGGGAAUUCUGUAUGUAAUUUGACUACACUAAAGUUCCAUAAGUGGGAGGAACCCCAGAGGAUGGUUUGACUUGGGACCAAAGGGGAUCCUCUCAGACCGAGAAGCAACUUUACCUUAAGACAGAUCAAGGUCAUCGUUCCUCCUGAAGUUUAAAGGGAAAUUAACUCUUUCAUCAUCUGCUUUUGGACAACAAACCGGAGGACGAUAUAUGUGAUUACCGACAAGAUUCGGGUCGUUCUACGGUCUGGUCGGAAUGUAUGGAUGCUUCAAGCGCAAAGACAGUGACGCUGCCGCCAUGGCAUCGGCACCUCCAGACGCGACAGCCAAUCAGGAGCCUGCUGAGGUCGCCGACGACUGCUCAGGAAAGAAGAAGUCCAAGUUCCAGACUUUCAAGAACUUCUUUGCGCGGAAGAAGAAAAAGGAGCCGUCGGGAGAUCACGCCGAGCUUAAAGGCAGCCAGUCGAGCGAAAGUAUCAGUAAAGCGUCCGAGGACAAUACGCUCAAGCGUUCGGAGAAAGAGAGAGGGUCAAAGAUCAGCCUGGGGAGUAAGGCCUUGUCACACGAUUCCGUCUUUGUCUCAGACUCGUCAGAGGCCAACGAGGCUCUCGGGGCUUCUCAAGACAGCAUUCAUGGGAAAGUGAAAUUUCUUCAGCUCCAGCUGAAGCAGGCCAUCAGACUGGGCUCGCCCCCGUCGCUGAUGUGCGUGAAGAGGACGGAAGAUGCCGGCGCCAUGUCGGAGGACGACGGUCUCCCCUGCAGUCCCCCAGAGUACACGUCGCCUCGUGCAGCCAUGAAUCCGACUCAGAGGAACAGUUCCAUUAGCCUGGAGGGAGUCGACAGUGAUGAGGACCAGUUGUCAUGUGCAGCCUCCAGCAGAGCAGUGAGUCCCCUGGUGACGGUUCCGGGGGAUUUCAGUCAGCCCGCCAGCCCCUUCGGCUGUCUGAAUAACUCCGCCGCCAAACACAAGCUGGGCCUGAGACACAAGGCCUGCAACAGGAGGAAGCCUGCCAACAGGACUGAGAGUAAAUCAGAGGAACACAACGGAAUGGACGAAUCAUUGAGCAUCCCCUUCCCGGAACAUUUAGAGGCCCAAGACGGAGAAGAGACAAGAGACGCAAGUUGUGAUGAGCCGAAAGAAAAGUUGGACGGGGAGGAAGAAUGUCUGGAGAAAGAGCGGCUUUCGUUGUUGGGACCAGAGGGAGAGGACGAGGAAGAGGAAGAGGAUGCGUCACUCGUUGGGGAUCCCUGUCAGUCGGAGGUGGUAGCUGCUGACAGUCAGCUUCAAUCCUCCCCCGAGCUCGGUACCAGAAGCUCCUCUCUGGACAGUUCUGGAGACACACUAGAGCUCCAUGUCAUCCACAAAGACGUUCCAGACCACUCACUUGUGAACGGAGACGAGGAGAACAUGGACAGACCAGUCCUGGGAGAGCAAGAUGGACUCGGGGAAGCUGUUGAGGGUGACUUCUUACAAGAAGUGCUAAGCUCCCUCAAGACGCCGCUGCCUUCUUGCGCUCUGCGUGUGGACUCUGAGGGUGUCGUCCUGGAGUUGAAGGAAGAGGAAAAGGAGACUGAAGAUGAGGAGGGGGUGAAGGAUGAACUUGCCUUUCAUCAAGAUGCUCCUUGUGAUACGCUCCUUUUGGAUCAAUCCAGUGAGGAGGAGGAAGAGGAGGAUCAGGAGGAAGACGAGGAGGAAGAGGAAGCCACUUUGAGCAAUCCUUCUCUACAUGUUGAAGAGGAGGAAAGUGAAGAUGAUGGUGGAAAGGCAGAGGAGGAGGAGGAGGAGGAACUUGUCAUAGAAAGAUUCAGUCCAUCUUGUAUCCCGUUAGCGGACGUAGGAGAGAACGACACGCCACAAGAAGUCAAUAGCGAAGAGAAAAACCACGGGGAAGAGCCAGAAACCGACGCAAGUGAGGAAGAACAAAAGGUGGUGGAUCUUGAGGUGGAGGGAGAAGGUCAAGAGGUCAGCGAGGGAGAGGAUGAACAACAAUGGAUGGAGGAGGCAGCAGAAGAAGAGUGGGACACGCUUCCCGAUGUAUCGUGCCGUGAGGUUUGCAAUGUGUCCAUCGUGACGGAGGAAAAGGAACUUCCAGAUGCUGAUGCCGUGAAGGACUUGCGAUCCACGGGUAAUGUUGAAAUACCUCAUCAGCCAUGCGAUGGGGUCUCCAACGCCAUACAACAGAGCCAAGUGUCAGCAAAUGAAGAUGAUGGAGAAAGGAAAGAGAAGGAGGAGGAGGAUGAAGACAUAAAGCACAUUGAGGCACAAUCGGAACCACAGGAAGAAGAAGACCAAGACAUGGAGGAAAAUGUGCUGCAGGAAGAAUUACUGGAGAUUGAUGAAGAAAUCAAAUUGUCUUCACACUCUCCUUCGCAAGACAGUACGGCGACCACCCCCAGUGGGACAAACACACCCGUUGAGCUCAUCACUCCUCAAGAGACCGUCCUUCCCUGUGGGACUGUCACUCCUAACCCUAGAGAGACCACCAUUCCCACCGAGACCCUCCCUCCUGCUGAGAACAACACCCCCACCGAGACGUCCAACCCAGCAACCACCGCUGUCCACAUGAGUCUUGUGUCUGCAGACUCAGAGUCGAGAACUUUUGCCUCUCAGCCGUCCCCGACUGACGAAGAUUCCAUCGUGUCUCCUUCGCAUUCAUUGACAGAGCAACAUGCUGUUGAAGAAUCCACUGACAUUGCUACAGAACUACCAGAAGAUCAGGUGACCCGAAUCUGUGAUACAGCAGCUGUCGUGGAGGAAGCCGUCCCUCCUUCACCGGAAGACGAAGUAGUCAACAAGUCCCUCGAAAGUCCAGAUGAAAGCAAAUUCCGCUUUACCAUCGCACCCGCCUGGCAGAGAUCUCUCUCUGGUGGGGAAACCAAAGAGACCCCGUUGUCGUCAUUAGCCUCAACCCCCAGCGUGGGGCCUGGACAUGAGGAUCUGGAGGAGACCACCAAGAAAGACCAACAGGUGGAUGGCCAGAUGGAGAACUUUGUGAAAACAACAGUUGCUGGAGGAACGGCUCCCAAACCUCCAAAUACUGUGCUCCAAGAGCCUGUCAGAGCUCAAAGUUCAACUGUUGCAGCCAAAGAAGGUAGCUCUGUUGUGAUAGCGGGAAACUACCACUCUCCCUUUGGAGUUCGGCUGAGGAAAACGGCAGUUCUGCACCGCUUCAGCUCGGAAGAGGAAAACACUGAGGCGCCCGUUGAGUCUCCAGCAGAGCCCAUAAGUUCUAAAGUUGAGGCGACCAGUUUCAAACCCGCCAUAAGUCAACCAGUGGGCCCCAAACCCGCCCUUCCCAAGAAACCUGAUGUCCACGGGGACGCCGGCGUGAAGACUAAGCAUGUCUCAGAACCUGCUGCAGGACCUGUCGUUUCUGGAUCUGGCAGUCCCAGCUGGAUCUCCGUGGCCAGACAGAAACAAAAGAUCUAUAAAGAAAAUUCACUGGACGAGAUGACCGUCAAGAAGGAGGAACAAGACCGAAAGUCUUCAACGUCAGCGUACGUCAGCUCAGCAUUGAAAAAGGAACUUUGUACCAAAACACCCGAACCCACUGGAAGAGUGAGUUUGUCAGAGAUCAGUAAGCCUUCAUCAUCUACAGAAAAAGAGACCAAGAAGUCUCAGUACCCGGUGACUCCAGUGCCACCUCAACCGGCGAAAUCUCAGCCACUUCCCUGUCCUGUAAACCCUAAACCUCCGGUUCCUUUGGCCUCCUCCAAACCUACGCCACCGGCCGCCCCCUCCCAUCGAUCCGUAUCCCCUCCUGUUCCUGUUCCAGUUCCCAUCAAACCUCCUUGUACUUCCAAGCCCGUCGCUCCCCCCAAAACCUCCGCAGAAUUCAAGCCGGCGCAGACCCAGAGCCCGACGCUCACCUCUCCCCCAUUUUCAUCAAGAAUGAACCCUCCGCUCCCGGCUUCAAGGAUCCCGGCACUUUCUGGCCCACUGACGGCAUCUCAACGGGGUCUCCCGCCUCCGUCUUUGCCCCAGGAUGAGCCACCGUGGAUGGCUCUGGCCAAGAAGAAGGCCAAAGCCUGGAGCGAGAUGCCUCAGAUAGUUCAGUGACGGCCGCGGUUUCCAGAAAACUCCGGUACUCUGGUCCGUUCUGACCUGUGCAUUAAAGGUCCAGAAGGCUCACAUUUGAUGACUUGACUCCAGCAAGAGUCCGAAUGGACCGCAAGCCGUUUGCACAUUAAUGAAAUGUUAUUGUUCUCUCUUGCUUCUUGUUUCUAUGCAUGUUUCACGCUAAUUCAUUAUUUCCGUAUUUUGUACAGCAGCGUUACGUUAAUGGCAGGGCAAGACCUCGUAAGUACAACAUCUAACGUAAGUAGCGCUAACGUGAAAGGUUUACCUAUGUGCGCACUUUUAGUUUCAAAUAAAGUGCCUGUUUGAGAGAAGAGGUAUGAGUAGGUAGAAUACAAUUUUGUCAGAGAUGCUGACCCAACAAAAUUUAUUUUAAAAGUAAAAUUCCGAGGGAGAAAUCACAAAGCCGCACGUGUACUCUUGGGAUAAGAUUUUAUUUUGUUGAGGGACAGUUAGCAUAAUUUUAAGAAGUGAAUGUCAAAAUUCCCCACAGAGACAAUAUGUACGGGCCUCUGACACGCGAUAUAUUAAUCUGGAAAUGACAUUUCUGGAUCCACGAGACAAAUGUUUAUACUCAUACGACAGUAAUGUGACUAUUCUUGGUGGGGGGGGGGGGGGGUAGAAAUUUCAUAAGCUCCGACUUCAGACUCAUACAUUUUUUUUCCUCGAAUUACAGCUACUCUUGUCAAGUUACGUAUUUUUUCCCCGAGUUUCCUAAUUUAUUCUCGUAAUCACAAAAUUUUGAAAUCUUUCUUGGGAUGAAAACUGUUUCCAUCCCAAACACGGUUAACAGAAGCCAAGUCGAAGCCAAAACGGUGCGCUUAUUUUAGGAUUUAUUACAAGGCCACGAGGUAACAUUUUUGUAGAAUUUAACCAGAUUGGAACGGCAAUUAAUGAACUGACCAAAAAUGUGCACUGCCGGUGCGUCACCAAAAUGUCCUAAUCUGGAUUUCUUUAAGGGGUCAGCACAAUUUUUCAGGUGGUCAAUGUAUUUUUAAAUCUUUUCUGUUUCCACGAGUUAUAUGAUCUUAAAAGUGUUUAUUACAUGAAUUUAAAUCAUUUUAGUUUUGUUUUUUUUAUUGCAGUAUCAUGUUCCUUAUGAGAGUUCUUUGAUUCGUAAUCACUACCAAAUGUACAGGAUGUUUAUGAUACAGUAAAUCUUCAAAAGCAGCCCUUAGCCAUCUGGAGAUUUUAAUGUUUUGCUAAUGCAGAGAAAACAAAGAUGGCAGGAGAGAUUCUAUUUGUAUCAGAUUAAUCUAUCUCACAGUAGCUAUUCACUUUGUUUUGUUCAUAUUACCUUUUGAGUAUUUUUUGUGUACAUAAAUGGUGCAGUAAAUAAAAUCUUUUUCUGUUUCUACAUCCUA